CAUCUCACACACUCAUUGAACCAACAAGACUUAACACUUAAGACUGAAAGACUCCAUCACGUAAAAUGGAAUUCUGCUGUGGAUUACUUCAGAGCCGUGCAUCCAAGAUGUCCAGCUUGUGGAUCAGCUUGGCAUUUACCGUCUCAAUCUUUUCCAUGCAAGUCGAUUGUUGGUCCUACUUCUACUCCAACAACACCAUGGACUGGGCGCACGCCCGAGCGUGGUGCCAGGAGUACUACACCGACAUGGUGGCCAUCCAAAACCAGGAGGAGAUCGGCCAUCUCAACAGCUGGCUGCCCAAAAAGGCCACCUACUACUGGAUCGGGAUCCGUAAAAUCAACGGCACCUGGACGUGGGUGGGCACCAACAAGUCUCUCACGGCCGAGGCCACCAACUGGGCUAAGGGGGAGCCCAACAACGGCAUGAACGGCAAGAUCCUCGGCGAGAGCGAGGACUGCGUGGAGAUGUACAUUAAGAGGAAUUCGCAGCCCGGGAAAUGGAACGACGAGAGGUGCAGGAAGAAGAAAACAGCUUUGUGCUACACAGCUGCUUGUCAAAAAGACUCAUGCGUCCAUGGAGAAUGUGUGGAAACCAUAAACAGCCACAGGUGCCAGUGCUUUGAAGGCUUCUAUGGAGACAAGUGUGAGCAUGUGGUUCAGUGCAACAAAAGCGAGCUGAGCCUCCCUCACAAGGGCAGCGUCGUCUGCGCUGGCAAGUAUGGCGACUUGGCCUUUGACUCCCUGUGUCAGUACUCCUGCGAGGAGGGAUACGAGCUCAGCAGGCCGGAACCCUUGAGGUGCACCUCCACCAAAAACUGGUCACAACUUCCUCCUACAUGUCAAGCCGUCCAGUGCCCUGCUCUCCUCCACUUAGACAAUGGCACAGUCAGCUGUGGAGCUGAUCCACACGCCAGGUUCAGCUACGGGAGCAGCUGCACUUUCAGCUGCGACCUCGGCUAUCGGAUGGCGGGGCCGAGCACUGUGACGUGCACGUCGGCUGCGCGGUGGAGCGAGAUGAUGCCGCGCUGCGAAGCAAUUACAUGCUCCGCCCCCGAAGUGCCCAAAAGAGGCCAUAUGAACUGCACAACAUCUCUUCUCCCAUCCUGGAGUCCUUAUCCUCACGAUACGGUCUGCACGUUCAGUUGCGAUGAAGGCCACGAGCUCCAAGGCGCAGUCAGCAUGGCGUGCACACAUUUAGGCGAGUGGAACGUCGUGCCUCCAACGUGCACAGAGUCCACGUUUGAGUUCAGUGCCAUUACAGCUGGUGCAACGAUAGGAGGCGCUGUGUCCUUGUCUACGCUGUCUCUGGUCAUGUGGCUCCUGAGGCGAAUGAGAAGGAAGGCAACCAAGUUUGAGCUCAACAGCAACUCUGACAUUGAAGAUCCUCCUCAGGUCUACAAAAACAGCAUUGACAGCCUCAUAUAAGGAGUGGUACAUCACCUUGAUACAUAAACAAGACCGACCAUGAAAUCAUCUGACAAGCUGAAGUAAAAUAAAUAAAUAAAUUAAAUAAAAAAGUAAAAAUAUGAUGCUUCUGUCAAUGUCGCUGACAUGUAUUUCCUCCCAAAGGGAGUUUUGUAUUGAGCACAUUGUUCGACACCUUUAGAAACAUGCAGGAAGUGUGAUGUUACAUAACGUAGUGCACUGCCAUGUCCUUAAUAAGCUGUGAGUAAUUUAGUGUAUUUAUGUAAUAUGUGAUAUUAUUUAUUGUAGCAUUUGAAAUGUUCUUUUAGACCCUGUUGAUCUGUGUUCAUUGUCAAAAUAUUGUCUAUUACCGUGCUUUAAUUAAUUUUUACAGUUAUUUUCUUUUCCAUAUCAUGGCACUAAGUUGUAUGUACUGUAUUUACUAAAUGCAUUGCAUAAUAAAAGCUAAA